AUGCUUGAGGAGACAGGUUUUGCUGACCUUGGUGCAGUGGACGAGCUUCAACUAGGUGCAGACCUGACAGGAGAAGUUCCUAAAACGCGGUUGUUGCCGCCGAAGUUUGUACCUGCCCUGCUAACACCUGACUCGCUCGCUAUGCGCGCCAAGCUUGACAGAGACAGAGUCCUGCAGGUUCCAGGUUCAGGUGAUAGUGAAAUUGACCAAGAGGUCUACGACAAAACUAUCGAUGAGGUUAGGUGUGGUUGGUUGCGGGGUCCUCUUGCCCCCGAGCAGGUCCCUGCUGAAGCUCCAAUUUCUAAGCGCUUUGGUUUAAGGCAGAAGCACAAAAUCAGGUUAAUCGAUAACUUUUCAGAGUCCGGUGUGAAUGAUUGCGUAACUGUGUGUGAAUCUCCAGUGUUGCAUACUGUUGACGUCGCGGGUGCCUUGGUGACUUGUUGGCUUGAGGAGUGCGCUCAUUCUCAGCGUGAUGCGACCCUUUUCGCGCGCGCGUUCGAUUUGUCCAACGCAUACCGGCAAGUUGCACUGAGCAAAGAGGGUCGAAAGUUCAGCCACAUAAGUGUCUUCAACCCGGCCUUAGGACAUCGUGAGAUUUUUCAAUGCUUGGUGCUGCCCUUUGGAGCAGUCCGAAGUGUGCAUUCUUUCCUGCGUAUAGCCAGAGCUUUGUGGCACCUCGGUGUAGUAGGAUGCAAGUUGAUGUGGUCGUCGUUCUAUGACGAUUUCAUCACGUUCGCCCCCAAAGGGCUUGAGAGGAGUUCAGAGCUUGCUGCAGAAGCGCUGUUCAAGCUGACGGGAUGGCUUUUCGCAGAGUCAGGGAGGAAGUGCGUGCCAUUCAGCCAAACCUGCGAAGCUUUAGGAGUGAUUUUCGACCUGUCAUGUUCAGGGAGUGGCUUGUGUCGCAUUUCAAACACCGAAGCCCACGUAGCAGAGAUCAGCGCGGCUCUACUGGAUGUAAUUUCAAAGGGUUGCAUGACGAGAGCAGAGGCCCAGAAAUUGCGAGGUCGAAUGCAAUUCGCUGAAGCGCAACUUUUUGGACGCACAGCCAAGCGUUGUGUAAAGGUUUUGUCUAGCUUCACGGAGCAUCGCCGAUCUUUGCUGUCGGCCAAGGAGAAAGCUUUUCUUGAGUUGUUUCGCGCAUACCUAGUUUCUAGCAGACCUCGUGAGUUGAGGGCAUUAAACUCGAGUCCCACCUUGAUUUUCACAGAUGCCUGCUACGAGAGUGAUGCGCGCAUGGAAGUGUGGACUAGGAGGAGUUAUGAUUUCUUCAAACCGUGCGCAGGUUGA